AUUUUGAUUUUUAGGGUUUCAGUCGCUUCCUUCCCGCAUACACAGUCACACACUGCACUCACCGGAGAAAGGCGGAGGAAAAUGCCGGCCGGCCAUGGAUUGAGGUCUCGUACGAGAGAUUCAUUCUCUCGUGCAUUUAGAAAGAAAGGUACAAUUCACCUUUCAACCUACCUGAGAAUCUUCAAAAUCGGUGAUUAUGUUGAUAUCAAAGUGAACGGUGCAAUUCACAAGGGAAUGCCGCACAAAUUCUAUCAUGGCCGUACCGGACGUGUCUGGAACGUCACCAAACGCGCCGUCGGUGUCGAAGUUAACAAGCAGGUUCGUGAUCGUAUCCUAAGGAAGAGGAUCCACGUUAGGAUUGAACAUGUUCAAGCUUCUCGAUGCACCGAAGAAGUCAGAGAAAGGAUCAAGAAGAAUGACCAGAUUAAGGCUGAGGCCAAGGCUAGAGGAGAGAUUGUCAGCACAAAAAGACAACCCGCAGGACCCAAACCAGGAUUCAUGGUUGAGGGCGCUACGUUGGAGACAGUUACCCCCAUACCAUAUGAUGUGGUUAACGAUUUGAAGGGAGGCUAUUGAUUUUACUCUGUUUAUGCGCUGGUGAUCGUUUACGAUCUUUUAUGAAAUUGAAAGACAAGAUUAGUUUUUUUUUUUGGUGUCACCUCAGACUCCGCAUUUUAUUUAUAAAUUUUGUUUACAAUAUGAAUUGAAGCGUUCGUUGAACUUGAUGCAAGUGCAGAAGUAUCUAUAAGUACUUGAUUCUGUGCAUUAAUC